GUUGAGGUGAUGGGUGGUUCUGGCACGUUCUGACUGCUUUCUCCUCUGUGGCAGAUGCAGAGUGCAGCAGCGCUGCCUUUGCGACGAGAACGAGGAGGACACGCUGCAGUAGGAGGAGAGACUAGGAGGUUAACAUUCAAUGCUGUCAACAAAAGUCUACCUCCCGAACACCGUCUACACAACCUCCUAGUGAUCUAUUUUCAGCUUCACUCUCUCUCCCCCUCUUCUCUAUCUCGCUCCUCCUUCUCACUCUCCUCUCGCCAUUCGCUGAUCUCUCCCGUGGCGCUCUCAGAUCUUCGCCGACACAGUGACAGCCAGACUAUUGAGCUGACUGUGUCCACGUCUACUCUGCUUGCGACACAGACGACUGGUGCUUUUUGGACGAGAUUCGCAGAUAAAAAAUUUUUGUGUGCUGCCUGCUAUUUAUUUUCCCCAGCUUGACAGUUUUUCAUGCGUGGUGUUUUGAGAAGCCUACGUAACUCUAAGAGGGCGGUGUGUAUUUUAACUUUGCUCCUCUGAGUGGUUCAGUGCUGGUCUUCUCGCCUCUGGCCAAACUACUUGUUUUGUUUCUUCUGUAGCCUUUGCUGUGAACAACUCUCACUGUUCACCUGAAGACACUACAGUUCUGUUUUGAGCCAUGGAACUUCAAGGAUCUCUCUCCAUCAGUAGUUUCAUCUCUAGAAGAGGAAUUCUGGAGUUUUCUUUAAAGAUCUAAGAGGGAUUUUGCAGUGUUCACCUUCUCAUCUAGUCCAAUGUUUUCUCUCAUUUUCUGCAACUGAAACUUGCCUGGAUAGUGUUUUUUUUGUUUUCCCAUAUGUGUUGGAAGGACACCCUUGCACUGGCAUGCUUUUAAGGCCCACCGUGCCGGGGCUGUGCGCAAUGUUGCAGACCAUCUAUGAGACCGAGUCCUGCUUCUCCUCAGACGCCGUGUCCAGCAGGGAGCAACCUCUGGAACUGCUGCCCCAGUCCCAGGUGUCUGCCAUGCCCAGUGCUGCUGUGGAGGUGAAGACAACUCUCCCCUCGGGGAUGCAGAGCCCUGUGGGCGGCAGUGAGCAGGGUGUUGGUGGUGGCGGCGGUCCCGUGGACCUGAGGACAGAUCCCAGGCUGGGACCCCUGGGCGGAGGAGGUGGAGGGGUGGACCCAGCCAUGAGGGAGCAGCAACUGCAGCAUGAACUGCUCCUCCUCAAGCAGCAACAGGAGCUUCAGAAACAGCUCCUCUUUGCUGAGUUCCAGAAGCAGCAUGAGGUUCUGACACGCCAGCAUGAGGUUCAGCUGCAGGAGCACCUGAAGGCGUCCCUGCAGCAGCAGCAGGAGAUCCUGGCGGCCAAGCGGCAGCAGGAGCUGGAGCAGAAGAGGAAGCUGGAGCAGCAGAGGCAUGAAGAGCUGGAGAAACAGAGGCUGGAGCAGCAGCUCCUCAUGCUACGCAACAAGGAGAAGGGCAAAGAGAGUGCCAUUGCCAGUACGGAGGUGAAGCUGAAGCUCCAGGAGUUCCUCCUGAGCAAAAAAGAGCCUGGUACACCUGGCGGACUAAACCAUUCCUUCCCCCAGAAAUGCUGGGGGGCCCACCACACCUCUCUGGACCCCAACUCCCCCCCUCAGAGUAACACUCCGGGAACGCCGCCCUCCUACAAACUGCCCCCGCUACUGGGGUCCUACGAGGUCAGGGAUGAUUUCCCUCUCCGGAAGACUGCCUCCGAGCCCAAUCUGAAGGUGCGUUCGCGGUUAAAACAGAAGGUAGCUGAGAGGCGGAGCAGUCCUCUGCUGAGGAGGAAGGACGGGACAGUGAUAAGCACCUUCAAAAAGAGAGCCAUCGAGAUCUCUGUGUCCUCCAUGUGCAGCAGUGCCCCUGGCUCCGGGCCCAGCUCGCCCAACAGCUCCAACAGCGCCAUCGCAGAGAACGGCUCCAGCGGCUCUGUCCCCAACAUUCACGCAGAGCAGCUGCGGUCCCUCCACCAGACCCUUAACGCCGAUGGGACAGUCAGUCCGCUGAGCCUCUACACAUCCCCCUCGCUGCCCAACAUCUCCCUGGGCCUACCAGCCAACUCGCACCUCACCGCCAAUCAGAAGCUGUUGCAGGAGGCGGAGAGGCAGGCCAUCCAGACCAUGCGUCAGGGUGGGGCUCUGACGGGCAAGUUUGUCAGCACCUCGUCCCUGCCGGCAUCAUGCCUGCCACCUGGGAUGCAACACGACUUAGACUCCACCCAGGCCCCCAACAGCCACAGCAGUCACUCCUCCCUACUGCAACACGUCCUCCUGCUGGAGCAGGCCCGCCAGCAGAGUGCCCUCCUCUCAGUCCCCAUAUACGGUCAGUCUCCGUUGGUGACGGGGGACCGGGUGUCCAACAGUAUGCGCACGGUGAACAAGCUACCACGCCACCGGCCCCUGAGCCGCACACAGUCUGCACCCCUCCCCCAGAGCCCCCAGGCCCUGCAGCAGCUCGUCAUGCAGCAGCAGCACCAGCACUUCCUGGAGAAGCAGAAGCAGUACCAGCUCAACAAGAUUCUGUCAAAAGGGGUGGAGCUUCCUCGCCAACCGCCCACCCACCCCGAGGAGACUGAGGAGGAGCUCACAGAGACGCAGGAGAUGCAGGAGGAGGGGGCAGGGUCUGAGCGUCUGGGGGAGGGGCAUCCUCAAGAGCAGAGGCUCCAGAAGGAAGAGUCGGGGGAGACGUCGCCCCCUUCAGAACGCCUGCUGACCCCCUUGAAGGGCGAGAGCACAGAGAGCGACCUGGAGGAAGAGGAUGAUGAAGACGAGGCAAUCGAGCUGAGGGAGUGUGAUGAGGAGGGCGUACCUUACGGCCAACAUCACCUGCAACAGCUCAAUGUGUUCCAGGCGUCCCUGUCCAUUUCGGGCAUGCCCCACAGACCUCUGGGAAGGGCCCAGUCCUCCCCUGCCACUGCCAGCAUCAAGGGGGCUCCCAUGGGUGAGGUCCCCAUCAAGCACCUCUUCACUACAGGGUUGGUGUACGACACCUUUAUGCUGAAGCACCAGUGUAUGUGUGGGAACACCCACAUCCACCCAGAGCACGCCGGCCGCAUCCAGAGUGUGUGGUCCCGGCUGCAGGAGACUGGGCUCCUGGGCCGCUGUGAGAGGAUUCGGGGGAGGAAGGCCACGUUGGAUGAGAUUCAGACUGUGCAUUCAGAAUACCACACCCUGCUGUACGGCACCAGUCCCCUCAACAGACAGAAACUAGACAGCAAGAAGCUCUUAGGUCCAAUCAGUCAGAAGAUGUAUGCUGUGUUGCCCUGUGGAGGCAUUGGGGUGGACAGUGACACUGUGUGGAACGAGAUGCACUCCUCGGGCGCUGUCAGAAUGGCUGUUGGCUGCGUCAUCGAGCUGGCUUUCAAAGUGGCCGCCGGGGAACUGAAGAACGGUUUUGCCGUGGUGCGUCCACCAGGCCAUCACGCUGAGGAAUCCACUGCCAUGGGCUUCUGCUUCUUCAACUCCGUGGCCAUCACAGCCAAGCUGCUACAGCAGAAACUAGGAGUGAGCAAGAUCCUCAUCGUGGACUGGGACAUUCACCAUGGUAACGGGACACAGCAGGCUUUUUACAACGACCCCAAUGUACUUUACAUUUCCAUGCAUCGCUACGACGAUGGAAACUUCUUCCCCGGCAGUGGGGCUCCUGAAGAGGUGGGGGUUGGACCUGGUGUUGGCUUCAACACAAACAUCGCUUGGACAGGGGGCGUAGAACCGCCCAUGGGUGACGUGGAGUACCUGACUGCCUUCAGGACGGUGGUGAUGCCCAUAGCCAACGAGUUCUCCCCUGACGUGGUCCUAGUGUCCGCUGGGUUUGAUGCCGUGGAGGGCCACCAGUCCCCUCUGGGAGGAUACAACGUCACUGCUAAAUGUUUCAGCCACCUCACCAAGCAGCUGAUGAAGCUGGCAGGGGGACGUGUGGUCCUGGCGCUAGAAGGAGGUCACGACCUCACGGCCAUCUGUGACGCCUCCGAGUCCUGCGUGGCGGCCCUGCUCGGCGAUGAGUUGGACCCCCUGCCACAGGUUGUCCUGCAACAGAAGCCCUGUCCAAAAGCUGCUGCCUCUCUGGAGAGGGUCAUCGAGAUACAGAGUAAACACUGGAGCUCUCUCCAAAGGUUGGCUCCCACGGUGGGCCAGUCCUUAAUGGAUGCCCAGCGGAGAGAGAAGGACGAGGCCGACACGGUCACCGCCAUGGCAUCGCUUACCGUGGAUACUGAGCAGGCCGCCGCUUCCACCGUCUCCACGGAGACCAGCAGGUCUACAGAAGAGCCAAUGGAAGAGGAGCCUGUCUUGUAGGAGGAAACGGGGAGUUGUCACGACAGCGCAACACCUUUAUCUCCAUGUCCUUCAGCACUAGCCUUCUCCUGUCAUCCUCUCCUCUUUCCAGCUCUCGCCUCACCUCUUUCCAUUUCCUGAGGAAUGAUGGACUUGUGCUAGCCUCCCUUUCCAACUCACUGAGCUGGAGCUACUUAACCAAUGGAGUGGGACUUGGAAUCAUGUUGACAUUGGCGCACCUUCGAGGUCUGAAACUUUGAAUGGUGAGUGAACUACCCCUUUAACGUCAUAGCUCCUGUUGUCAUACCGACCAUGGUUUGCUCUUUGUGUUGUUCUCCAGUGGUACUACUUCCCAGACGGAGCACAUGUGACCUGAUGUCACAGAAAAAACAGGCAUUCGCCAUUUGAACGAACUCCAAUCACGGUGUUGUCACAAUCAUGUCACCAGGGUAGGAAUUGAAACACUCUACACUUGCAAAAUUGUUGGUGGAUGCCACUGUACUCACAUAUGUAAUGUACACAGUAGUUCCUACUUCCUUUUACAUGUGGCUAUGUUGUGGGGGGUGCUUGCAGUACAUGUGACUACUGUGACCUUGUUUUAUGUUUUGAUGUAGAUCAUUGACCAUUUGAGAUUUGGUGCAUAGUUUUGUACCUCCACCUUGUAUGGCAUAUAGAAGGGUUAUUGGGCUGUCCUGUGGGUGAGAUGGCAUGACAGAAUUACCCUUUUUCUUUAAUUGAACUGAUGUGUGUUUUGGAGGUCAGAGCUUUUUUCCUGUGGGUAUAUUGGAGGGGCAGCAAAAAAAACAACACUCAAAUCAAGAAAGUCUACUCUGAAUAAAGGAAUGUUUUUGUGUGUUGCCUUAGACAAAACAACUACUACAAGUGGCAACCAUGCAAAUAUGUUCUGUCUAAACAGAUACUGGAAGACAUCCAAGUUUGUAAAUUAUAUCGACUUAUCCACCAUUGAAGAUAGCUUUAUUGUUGCUGCCACACUAUUUUGCUAUUCAGUAAAUAAUGUAUAUUUAUUGAUAUUUCAUACGUUGUGUAUAUGUAGUGACCUAUGAUCGUCAAGGUUCAAAGAGUAAUUGUAUAUUUUUUGACUUUGGAAAGAGAAGUGUGUCUCUUACAUUGUCCUUCCACUGCGCUGGUGUUUCAAUCUCCACUUUCUGUGGUUGGAUGUUUGAAUAUGUGACCGUCUUUUACCUUAUAUUUUAAAUAUAUUCUUUCUCUCUUCUGGUCAUAACUAAUGCAGACGUUUUGAAUUGAUCAAAGCACAUUCCUUAAUUUCAUGUGUUCUUUCAAAUGCUUUCCUGUUGCGACAAUACAAAUGUGUUUAUACUAAUUGCUACUCACGUGUAUAAGUGCAUAUAUGUGUACACAUGUGCAAUACACGCUAUUUGAACAAUCUAUUACUGUGACUAUUAUGGAUGAAAAUCGCUGUCCCCAAGAAUUUUUUUCAUGAGUUGCAUUGUGCACAACGCCACCUUGUGGGUUAGCAAGGAUCUUAAAGGGAAUGUUGAGUCUGAUUACUGUUUUAUUUCAGGUUUUGUGUAAAUUUUAAAGCCCUUUUUUAUUACUCAUUGUAAUGUUGUGACAUCCUAUUUGAGUAAAUAUUUUUUAAAGUGGGCCUGUUAAUUGUCUGAAACUCAAUAAAGCGAUUCACUGCUCCAAUACAAAGAGGAGUAAAAAUA